CGCUUGUUUAAGCUGCGGCAGACUGUUCGAUUUCGUUGAAAUCUAAGGAUUUUCUUGGAAUGAAAUGGGCAGAAUAUACAUAAGAAAAUUUGGAACACAUUCUAGAGGGCAGUGGUCAGAAGAAAAUCUCUGCGAAGCAGUGGCUCGUAUCAAGGCUGGAGACAUUAGAAUAAGAGAAGCGGCGAGGUACUACAACAUCCCAGAGAGCACUUUACGUCGAAGAAAAAGUUCUGGUAACGUAAAAAAACUUUCUCUCGGUCCACAAGCUAGUUUGGGAGCUGAAAAUGAAAGGCGUUUGGUAUCACACAUUAAACGACUUGCCUCAUUGGGUUUUGGACCUACCCAACGUACAGUCCGUCAGUUAGCAUUUAACUUUGCUGAAAGGCUUAACGUUAACCACCGUUUCAACAAGGUAAAAGCAGAAGCUGGUUAUGAUUGGUUCCAAUCAUUUAUGGAGCGAAACCCAGACAUCAGUUUAAGGCAAUCACAGGGCUUGUCUGUAGCACGGGCGCACGGGUUGUGCCGGGAGGAAGUUGACGAGUAUUUUGCAUUGUUGGAGGAAAUAACGAUAACGCACAGUUUAUUUGACAAGCCAGGUAACAUCUUCAACGUAGAUGAAUCAGGCAUUCAACUGAUCAAUAAACCGGGCAAAGUUUUGGCUGCCAAAGGUUCAAAAGAUGUUUUUAGUCUGACGUCUGGUGAGAAGGGGGAGACUAUCACAGUGGUUGCUUGCGUUAAUGCAGAAGGUAGGUUUUUGCCGCCUACAAUCAUUGUCAAAGGGGUUUACAAGAAGAGAGAAUUUAGUGAUGGGCUUCCUCCAGGUUCAGAGGUUUAUAUGAAUUCAAAAAAAGCCUAUAUGAAUUCGGAGUUGUUCUUGAAAUGGUUCAGAGAAAUGUUUUGUUCCAAGAAACCUCCUGGCACUAAUUUGUUGAUUUUGGAUGGGCAUGCCUCACACUGUAAUUCAGUAGAACUGUUAGAGCUGGCUGAUGAAAAUAAUGUAGUGUUGCUAUGUCUGCCAAGUCAUACUACACAUGCCUUGCAGCCACUUGACAGGUCUUUUUUUGGCCCACUUAAAAAAUAUUAUAACCGAGAAACACAGGCUGCUAUGAAGUCAAAAGGUAAAGAGGGUCUCACCAAAUCAAGAGUAGGCCAUUUACUAGGAACAGCAUGGAAAAAAGCAGCAUCGGUAGAAAAUAUAGUUAGUGGAUUUAAGGCAUGUGGCAUAUAUCCAUUUAACCCAAAUGCAAUACCAGACUACAUGUUUUCCAUUUCAGAUGCUGCUCAAACUGUAGAGCUUCCCAAGACAAAUCUGCCUGAUUCCCUUCCUACGACUUCGACUCAAUUAACAUCAGACAAUGUUGCGCCAGCUCAGCCAGGCCCCUCUUCUCUUCCAUGUGUCUCAUGCCCUCUUUCAAAAUGUGACAAAGCUUUAAGUAACCACUCUACACCCACUAAAAUUUUGAAUGAUAUCAGUCCAUUACCCCAGAUGGUAAAGCCAAAACAAAUUAGAAGAAAACAAUCUGCUGUGGAGCUCACCGCUCGGAAAAACGUUGAAAAGAAGAAGAAGGCAACAAGACAGAAAAUGAAGAAUGAAACUGUGGAUCAAAAAAGAAAAAAAUCAGUGAACCGUAAGAGUAUUCCUAAACCAAGAGACAAUGUUCCUACCUACAGCGACGAAUCAAGCGAAGUUGAUGAUCCUGUUUCAGAUGAUACAAAUCGUUGUGCGGAGUGUUGGGAAAACUAUUUUGUUACUCAAAAAAAUGUAGACUGGAUCAAAUGCUGUAAGUGCGGGAAUUGGUUGCAUGAAACAUGCUCAGUUUACAAAAAUUUGUGCAACGAUUGUGGAAGGGCUUCGGCAAGGAAGACAAAUCUCAAGAAACAGAAGUAG